AUGUCAUGUACCAUUGUUCCGCCAGAUAACGCGACCUUUCAAUUACCGCCAUUGAACUUUGCCAUUUCUCCUGUAUCGAAGCAUCUAUCUGACAAAGGACGGCAUAUAAAGACUGCUGCAGCGCUCAUCAUUGGGGACGAAAUUCUAAAUGGAAAGACGCUCGACCGGAACUCCAAUUACUUUGCACGAUUCUGUUUUGAGCAUGGUAUUCAAUUGAAACGCAUAGAAGUGAUAGCAGAUGAUGAAGCUGAAAUCAUUGAAGCCAGCCGGAGAAUGGUGGAAACGUACGAUUUUGUGGUGACGUCAGGUGGUAUCGGGCCUACCCAUGAUGACAUAACAUAUGCAUCUUUGGCAAAGUCUUUUAAUCAGGGCCUCGUAUAUCACAAUGAAACUCUCGCUCGGAUGACUGAGUCUGGCAAACAUCGAGCUUGGGUAUCAAAGCAGAGUGAGGAACAGCGAACGGCGCGCAAACGUAUGGCACUGUUCCCUGAUGCGGCGGAGGUGAUUUUCGUUGCAAGCGAUAUAUGGGUGCCCGUCGUUCGCUUGCAAGGGAAACUUUGCAUAUUUCCAGGGAUACCCAGUCUCUUCCAAAAGAUGCUAGAUAACCUGAAACCCUUCCUUCCUCUCCCGCCUGAAGAGGAGCGACCUUUCCGGCUCCAAGUGUUCACGGCAUUACCUGAGUCGUCUAUUGCCCCGUUCCUCACCGACCUUCAGAAGCGAGUACAACCUGAGGGUAUCCGGAUAGGCUCCUAUCCAGUCCUACAGAAAGGUGUGUACGUGUCGCUCAUUGGCGCGGACCGUGGCCGUGUACAUCAGCUUGGCGUAGAGGUUGAAAAGGAAGUGGAUGGACGUGUUGUUACCGAGGCAGAAGCGGAAGCCAAGCGGCAAUUGGGCUGCCAGUGA